AUGUUCACUCAGACUCUUCUCAAGACUGCGCUCCUGGCCGCCGCAGCAACAGCAGCCAGCUUGCCCGCCAGAACUACCACGUCCAGCUUCCGAAUUGCGGCCAACGUGACCAACUUCGACCUUCCGACCUCCCUUCAAGGUCAAGAACUCACCUAUGCCCCUAACGCCAACUGCAAAGCCGACAUUAUCUUCGCGCCAGCCGGCAAGGGCGCCGUCUUCUACGCCGCCGAGGACACCGUCAAUGUCGCUCACUUCUCGGUUGGAGACGAGACCUCCCCGCUGGCUGGGCUGGUCGUCACGCCUGGCGGAACGGCGACGGUGCCCAGCCUCAACACGGUUCAGUUGCAGUGCGAGACAGGCACUUCUGGGUUUGUUUCCACCAAUGAAGGACUGCGUUUUGAAGACGGUUACUGGAUGGCGUGUCCAAGAGACGGUAGCGUGGUGUUGAGCUUCAAAAGCGCUGGCCAGAGAACCCUUGCUGGCUGUGCGGAUGUUCAGCUUCUUCUUGUUUGA